AGGAAAAAAGUAUUUAAGCAAAGAAUUAGCACUUUUAAUUCUUUGACCUCCCUCUCUCAUUUGCCCUAAAAAACCUACCAAUACCCUUCUAUUUUCCACUGAACACUAAAGGGGAUUACAUGUACCAUGGUUUUUUUUUUUUUUUUUUUUUUGAAAAAUUAAUUAUCAAAAGUACUCGUCAAAGGAAAACAAAAAUAACAGCAGCAGUCUUUGAAUUUCUCUGAAUCCUCACACAGAAAUAAAUAGUACAACUAGAUAAUAAAACCAAAACCUCACACACAAUAUUUACAAUAAAAUUAGGAAGGUAGUCCUACAAACCUCAAAAUACAAGUAAGUAAGGACAAACCACCCAAAAGGCAUAGGACCUGCAUGGUAUUAGAGUCUGUGCAGUAGGAAGAAGGCAGCAACAGUGUAACAUCCGAUGGCCCUGAGAACAGGAAAACCCCAAAAUAGCCAAUAAGUUCUCAGUGGAAAGUAUAUUUGGCCAAUCUUAGAACAGCAGCUUAAAAUGGCAGGGCUUCCCUGUUCUCCAGUACUGGUUGAGUACGAGAGGUCCACAGUAAAAACAGAGGCUAGAAUAAUCUAGGCCCUCUGAACUCUCAAAACUAACACAAUACUGGGCUGCCUUCCAAGACACGGACUGCACUAAGAAACUUCUAGUGUGAAAUAGAAAUUAGGCAGAACAGGGAUAACAGCAAUAGAGGAAAAACAAGGGCUACACACAUGUAUAAUUUAUUAUCAGCUAGCCACAUGUGGCUAUCAAGGGCUUGAAAUAUGCCUAAUAUAAAUAAGAAAUGUAAUCAUUAAUAUUAUUUAAUUUUAAUUAAGUACAAAUUAUUUUUCCAUUAAAUGAAACUACAUUUUAGCCUGACUAUAUUUUAUUUUAACUGUGGCAUCAUGUAAGAUACUGCUGAAUUGUUGUGCAAGUAACAAGUGUGCUUGUUGUUCCUCAUGUUAAAAUAAACCAACCAGCUAUCUAGCCAGUAUUAAUAGAUUGGUUCAAUUUAAAUGAUUUUUUCCUACACACUUAUGUAAGACUUAAUGUAUUUAUUUAUUUGCAUACUUUAAGCAGAGAGCAUGAGGAACAGUUGAUAUCUAUGUAAAUCAUAAUUGGUAAUUAAAUUAAAAGAUAAAUACUUAUUAUUUUAAUUGAAUAAUUUAUCUGUUUCAAAAAAUAAAUACAGACACAUUUUUAAGUUUCAAAUAAAGGUGUCAAGUCUGCCCGUCACACCGCGGGAGGCAGCCUGGGACGGCCCACGGAGCCGCAGCCACCCAUCCACCCAUCGCUCCCUCCCGGCGGACAUCAUGCUCCAGUUCCUGCUUGGAUUUAAUCUCGGCAACGUGGUUGGAAUGUAUCUGGCUCAGAACUAUGCCAUACCAAACCUGGCUAAAAAACUUGAAGAUAUUAAAAAGGACCUGGAUGCCAAGAAGAAACCCCCUAGUUCAUGAGGGUGACUCCAGC